AAGAUAGGGAGGAGGGCUGUUGCUUACCAGCUCCUCGGGGAGUUUGUCUGAGGUCCAUGGAAUCAACAAUUUCGGGUCUGAAGACGAGCUGAAUUUUCUUUCCAUGGUGGUCACCUCAUCGUCCUUCGACCGUGUGUAUUCGCCGAGCCCUGACGUACGGGUGGUGGAAGCUGGCGCUGACAGUCAUCAACCUGUCGGCUCGAUUCGGUUCAAGCGGUACGAUUGGAACAAGUGCUACCAGGAUGCAAGGCGUAAUGUCGCCACUCAAGCAAGCCUUGGUGUACCCGGAUGCCUUCCAUAUCGAGUGGAUGUUCUCCAGACAGCGGAUCCGAGGAAACCCGCAGGCGGCUGCCGCCCGCUAUCUCCAUUGGGCUGUGACGCUGCAUUGGGCUGACGAUUAUCUUGUCCGGUCCCGGCGCCCUGACGACCCGUCGUGGUCCAUGAGAGAGCAGAGCAUUCGCUCCCUCCUCGCUGCCGGAGCCGAUCCUGCUCAGCUUGACAACAGCGGCAACACGCCACCGUUGCCCUCCUGCAGAAGCUGGUGCGGGGAUCACAGUCAGCUCAAACAUGUAUGCCACUUAUUCAAGCCUCUGAGCAGGGGCGUUGAUAUUAACUGCAAGAACCAGGACGGACGUUCGGUGGGUGAUUACCCCGAGUCGCUCUCCGAGGUGCCCCAAGCAGCUGAGUAUCUAUACCUGUACUUAAGGCUGGUCAAGCUGGAGCAUGGGAAAUGGGACCUCACUAAUGAGAGCCAUUGGUCGUUUUGAAAAGGGCUAUGCAGGAUCUCAACGGGGAGAUUAGGUCAAGAAUAUGUCAGAUCGCUGUCUCUGGAUGAGUAAUACAGUACUACAACGUCUUACCCCUCAACUGCCCCCGAGGAGCUGCCGCGAAUCUGGCUUGUAAGCAGCUGAGUUCCGUGCACAUCCGUUCUGACCGUUCUCUCUCAUCAGUAGUUCCCUAGAUGAACAUCCCCGCUUCGUGCCUCUAUCCCACAUCACAAUAUACGACGGCUGGGCUAACCGAACUCAAGGACCCAACAACC